UUGAACAUGACCGACUAUGGAGUGUCUGUGCAGCAGCUCAAUGACCUUUUGUCAGAUGAAAAUGGCCACUUCAGCAUGCCAUCUAGAGAUUUCAAUGAAGUCUACCCCAGGAUUCUGCUUGGAAAUGAGUCUGUGGCCACAAAUGUGAAACUCUUGCAACAACUGAGAGUGACCCACAUUCUUAACACUGCAGAAGGAGACUCAUACAUGCAUGUGAAGACAGGUGCAGAAUAUUAUGUGGGUACGGGCAUUAUCUACCAUGGAAUACCAGCCAAUGACACAGAAUAUUUUAAUCUCAGCAUAUACUUCGAAGAGUGUGCAGACUUCAUAGCACAGGCUCUGGCAUAUAAAGGAGACAGAGGGAAGGUGUAUGUGCACUGCCAGAAGGGUUACAGUCGCUCUGCAACUGUAGUCAUCGCUUACCUGAUGUUGAGACACAAGCUGGAUGUACGAGCCGCUUUGGCUACGGUGAGAGAGAACCGGGAGAUUGGACCUAAUGAUGGGUUUCUGUACCAGCUCUGUCAACUCAAUGACAGACUGGAAAAUGAAGGCAAGUUAUAAAGCACAGAAGGUAAAUCAUUUUCAAGGUAAUAUGGUCCCAAAUGUAUUUGCAACAACUGUCACUUGGAACAAGAAAGUACAAGAUUUCCUGUUUGUAAAGUGUUUAUCUUGUGUAGAUCUACAUUAUAGGUGUGACCUUAUAGAAGUAGAACAGUGCAACAACAGUAUGUCUUUAAUGCAGCUAUUAAAAAACAUUAUGGUUGUUUGAACUU